GGCGUGACGAGAUACAUGUCAGAUACGGGCUUCAACCUCGGUUCUUUAGAAAAAUACAGACACAGAAAAAUGUCUUACCAAAUUGUUUGUGUUCUCAGAUAAAUAUAUGGAAGUUUCUAUAAAAGAAAGUAAGAUUAGUUUCAUAGUAUUUAAAGAGAUACAUUUUGUAGAUAAUUUAGAUAAAUACUUGACUUGAUCCGCGAGGUUCAGUGAUGAAGGGUUUGGUUCUCCUUGCGUGCUUAUUGAACACAGCAGGGGCUGUAUAUUAUUGCGAUGACGCAGAUCCAUGUGGUCAAGCGAACUCGACAGAAUUCUUUGAAUCUUAUGCCAGGUUUGAAAACUGCCAACAUGACGCAGCAAAUAGAUUUUGUGAUCGUUACAUCAUCCCUCAGUGGUACCGGGUAAAUGACGCAAUGUUGACGCAAUGUCCGCAACUUCUGAGCUGUGGCACCAUUUAUCCUGUCUGGUUAAACGGCACUUUGCCAGGUUCAUCGGAUGGAAUUGUUGAUAGGAAAGCUUGUAAAGUCGGGUUCGAAUCCUGCUGUGUAAGAAGCUAUGACGUUAAAAUCAAGCACUGUGGAUCGUUCUACGCCUAUUGUCUGGCUGCCCUAGAUUCGUGUCCAGAAAGAUAUUGUUUUGGUAAAAAUGGCGCUUGUGAUGUUCCGACGUCCGCUGCACCGGUUACCACGACAACGAAGCAGACGACACCUCCUUUGUCUACGUCAUGUUUGGAAGAUCCCUGCAUCGAAAGCAACCUGCGCGCACUAAGUGACCCGGGCACCCGCUCCAUGCACUGUGAGUACAAGCAAGGAGACGGCCAUUGUGACAGCAGCCUGACCCCGGGCUGGUACAAGGCAGACUCCCCCAUGUUGACCCAGUGUCCGGGACUCCUGAGUUGUGGGGCCAUAUAUCCAGUCUGGAUGAAUGGGACGAAUCCGGGUCAAGGUGACGGGGUCGUUACUAGACAGGUGUGUCAGAGGGGAUUCACCGGAUGUUGCACUACGUCAUACGACAUCAAGGUCAAGAACUGUGGUUCAUACACCGCCUACUGCCUCAGACAACUGUCAACCUGUCCGGCCCGCUACUGCUUCGGUAACGGACGCUGUGAUAACAACAAUAAAGGGAAGGAUUCUGACAAAGAAGACAACAAAGCACACAGCCAUUCGACUUUGGAGAUUAUACUGGGUGUCAUUUUAGCUGUUCUAAUUUUAAUUUUGAUAACAUUGGUGUUCUGGUGCUUGAAAAGAUACAAGAAAGGGCAUGGAAAGACAGGAUCCGUUGUAAACAUUCAGAAGUCUGAGGCAGACAGAGAAACGACCAUGGUGAAUCCGAUGUAUGUGUCAGAGAACGACAACCCACCCCCUUAUAGCGAAUAGUGGAUGU